ACUAAGAUACUCAGUUCCAAGUUUGGAGCUUUUAGCUGCCAGCCCUGGCCCAUCAUGUAGCUGCAGCACAGCCUUCCCUAACGUUGCAACUGGGGGAAAAAAUCACUUUCCAGUCUGUUUUGCAAGGUGUGCAUUUCCAUCUUGAUUCUCUGAAAGUCCAUCUGCUGCAUCGGUCAAGAGAAACUCCACUUGCAUGAAGAUUGCACGCCUGCAGCUUGCAUCUUUGUUGCAAAACUAGCUACAGAAGAGAAGCAAGGCAAAGUCUUUUGUGCUCCCCUCCCCCAUCAAAGGAAAGGGGAAAAUGUCUCAGUCGAAAGGCAAGAAGCGAAACCCUGGCCUUAAAAUUCCGAAAGAAGCAUUUGAACAACCUCAAACCAGUUCCACGCCACCUCGAGAUUUAGACUCCAAGGCUUGCAUUUCUAUUGGAAAUCAGAACUUUGAGGUGAAGGCAGAUGACCUGGAGCCUAUAAUGGAACUGGGACGAGGUGCGUACGGUGUGGUGGAGAAGAUGCGGCAUGUACCCAGUGAGCAGAUCAUGGCAGUGAAGCGGAUCCGGGCCACGGUAAAUAGCCAGGAGCAGAAACGGCUACUGAUGGAUUUAGAUAUUUCCAUGAGGACAGUGGAUUGUCCGUUUACCGUCACCUUCUAUGGCGCACUCUUCCGGGAGGGUGAUGUGUGGAUCUGCAUGGAGCUUAUGGACACAUCGCUAGAUAAAUUCUACAAACAAGUCAUUGACAAAGGCCAAACAAUUCCAGAGGACAUCUUAGGGAAAAUAGCAGUUUCUAUUGUAAAAGCAUUAGAACAUUUACACAGUAAGCUUUCUGUCAUUCAUCGAGACGUCAAGCCUUCCAACGUGCUCAUUAAUGCUCUGGGCCAAGUGAAGAUGUGCGAUUUUGGAAUCAGUGGCUACCUGGUGGACUCUGUUGCUAAAACAAUUGAUGCAGGUUGCAAACCAUACAUGGCCCCGGAAAGAAUAAACCCAGAGCUCAACCAGAAGGGAUACAGUGUGAAGUCUGACAUUUGGAGUCUGGGCAUCACAAUGAUUGAAUUGGCCAUCCUUCGGUUUCCCUAUGAUUCGUGGGGAACUCCAUUUCAGCAGCUCAAACAGGUGGUAGAAGAGCCAUCGCCACAGCUGCCAGCAGACAAGUUCUCUGCAGAGUUUGUUGACUUUACCUCACAGUGCUUGAAGAAGAAUUCCAAAGAACGGCCUACGUAUCCAGAGCUUAUGCAACAUCCAUUUUUCACCCUACAUGAAUCCAAAGCAACAGAUGUGGCAUCUUUUGUAAAACUGAUUCUUGGAGACUAAAAAGCAAUGGACUUAAUCAGUUGACCCUACUGUGGAUUGGUGGGUUUCGAGGUGAAGCAAGUUCACUACAGCGCCAAUAGAAAGUCAUCUUUGAGAUAAUUUAACCCUGCCUCUCAGAGGGUUUUCUCUCUCCAUUUUCUUUUUUUCCCCCCUCCAAAGGGGGCUUUGGAAUCUAGAGUAUAGAAUGAACUGUCUAGAUGGAUGAAAUAUGAUAAAGGCUUAGGACUUAAAAGGUGAUUAAAUAUUUAAUGAUGUGUCAUAUGAGUCCGUAAGCUUCUCAGACUUCUCUUGUUCUUUAUGAAAUGAAUGCAUUGGCCUUGGCAAAAAGGUGCUACAGUAGUGAUGAAAUUAUAAGUAGAUUUUCAGUGUGUCCCAUUUAUUAUUUUAAUAUUUAUGUUUUAAGUGCUUGGUUGAAAAGAUUCCAUUUUAUGCAAGAAGGGAGAUACAAAAGACAAGGUUGGGUUGGCAAUAUUUAUAGGGCUUGUAUUUUUUAAGUUCAAUCAUGUCUGUGGUCCAGAAGAAAUUAUUUAAUAUGCAUCUUUAAAAAUAUUAUAAAAAUAUCA